AUGGAGUUCAACGUCCCUUCGUCAUCCUCGUCCGACGACGAUACAACUUCAUCUAGUUCUUUUGAAUUUGAAGAAGCCAUCAACGAGGCGGUAAUGACAACGAUCAAUUUAAUGGUUCAAGUUGCUAGCGAGGACAAUGAAACGGAUGACCAGCCGAUUAGAAAAAGAACUCAUAUUAUGCGGGAUCGUGCCGCAGGACAACAACGGCUCAUGCAAGACUAUUUCGGGGAGGAGCCGGUAUAUGACGCGAAGAUAUUUAGAUGUCGGUUUCGCAUGAGUAAACGUCUAUUUACCCGUAUUACAAACGACAUGGAGGAAGAUUAUGAUUAUUUCAAACAAAAGUACGACGCUCGUGGGUAUCUUGGCUUUACUCCAUUACAAAAGUGUAAUGCGGCCAUCCGACAACUUGCAUAUGGCACAAGCGUUGAUUCGUUUGACGAGUACCUGAGAAUGUCUGCCAAGACUGCGCGAGACUCACUUACACACUUUUGUAAAGGUGUGAUUGAGUUGUAUGGGCCGGCUUAUUUACGACGUCCGACUUGGAGUGAUCUCCAAAGGAUGUACGACGUGCAUGAGCACGUUCACGGUUUCCCCGGUAUGAUCGGUAGCAUCGACUGCAUGCACUGGAAGUGGGAACAAUGCCCUACCGCUUGGCGUGGUACACAUACUAGAGGCGACAUUGGCAAACCGUCGUUAAUAUUGCAGGCGGUUGCAUCUUAUGAUCUUUGGAUAUGGAAUGCAUAUUUUGGUCAACAAGGUUCUCACAACGACAUCAACGUGUUUGAGUCUUUGCCGGUUCUUGAAGAGAUUAUAAACGGGUUGGCACCAAGUUCAGCGUUUUAUGCGAGCGAUAAUUACUACAAACGCGGAUAUUAUUUAACUGACGGUAUCUAUCCGGAGUACGCAACGUUCGUAAAGACGUUCACCGAUCCUAUUGAUCUUAAAAGAAAAUAUUUCAAGAGAAAACAAGAAUCAGCAAGAAAAGAUAUCGAGCGAGCGUUUGGAGUUCUUCGAAAGUGA